AUGGAAACUGUGCAAAACCCUACUGUCAUGAACCCAAGAAUCGCCAUCCUUGGUGCUGGGGUCAGCGGUUUAGCCGCGGCCAAACAACUCUCCCACUACAACCCAAUGGUCUUUGAGGCUAGUGACUCAAUUGGGGGUGUCUGGAAACACUGCUCUUACAAUUCCACCAAGCUUCAGUCCCUUCGCUGUGACUACGAGUUCUCCGAUUUCCCCUGGCCCGACCGUGACAACUCAAGCUUCCCUUCUCAUGCCCAGAUCCUCGAUUACCUGCACGCAUAUGCCAUGCGCUUUGAUUUGAUGAAGCUUGUGAGGUUCAACUCAAAAGUGGUGGAGGUUCGCUUCAUCGGCGAUCAGAAGCCGACGGAUAAUUUGGCAGAUUAUGGUAGUUUGUUGCCCGAGCAGCCGGCUUGGGAGGUCGCCGUCCAGACUCAAGAAUCGGAGAGUGUUCAGUGGCACUCAUUCGAAUUUCUGGUGAUUUGCAUCGGCAAAUAUGGGGAUAUACCGAAGAUCCCUAGUUUCCCACACAACAAUGGCCCUGAGAUAUUUCAGGGCCAAGUAUUGCACACCAUCAACUACUCCAAGCUCGACCGCGAAGCCGCGACCGAAUUGCUCAAGGGCAAGAAAGUCGUUGUCGUCGGAUACAAGAAAUCAGGCAUCGAUUUAGCCAUGGAGUGUGCAGAGGCAAAUCAAGGACCAGAAGGCCAACCAUGCACGAUGAUUGUGAGAACCAUUCACUGGACUGUUCCACAUUACUGGAGGCGGGCGAUAUCGAAGUUCAUCGAGUCCUACUUGGUGUGGAAGCUCCCGCUGAAAAAGUACGGGCUGAAGCCGGAUCACCCAUUUGAGGAAGACUACGCGUCUUGCCAAAUGGCCAUCAUGCCGGAGAAUUUCUUCUCUGAGGCUGACGAGGGGAGGAUCGUGUUCAAGAGGCCCAACAAAUGGUGGUUCUGGGAAGGAGGGAUCGAGUUCGAUGACGGCAAUAGAUUGGAGGCUGACGUGGUUGUCUUCGCGACAGGUUACGAUGGGAAGAGGAAGCUCAAGUCCAUAAUGCCCGAACCAUUUCGGAGUCUGAUGGAGUUCCCUUCUGGUAUCAUGCCCUUAUACAGGGCGACGAUCCAUCCCUUGAUUCCAAACAUGGCAUUCCUGGGAUAUGUGGAGAGCGUCUCAAACCUUCAUUCAGCAGAGCUUCAGAGCAAAUGGCUGUCUCACCUGCUAGAUGAGAAGUUCAAGCUCCCCGGUGUCGAGGACAUGCUUGAACAGACAACUAAAGAGAUCGAGGUGAUGAAGAAGACGACCCGGUUUUACAAGAGGCACUGCAUCUCGGUCUUCAGUAUCAACCACGAUGACGAAAUAUGCAGAGACAUGGGGUGGAACGUGUUGAGGAAGAAAAACUGGUUGGCCGAGGCAUUUAGCCCCUACACUAGCCAGGACUACGAAAAGGAAGACUGAUGUGACAGCGAGCUCGUGAUCGUGAAAUUCGUUUCGUGUC